UAACUAUUAAUUUCACUGAUCUCACCAGCAAACAUCAUCAUUUUUCAAAUCUUCCUACUCCAAAAAAUGCUUCUCGAGAACAACAAGAAGCUUACCACACUAAACAAAAUGAUCUUGUUAUACCAGAUGGUAAUU